UGACUUUCUCGUCAGGUAUGAGCUGGUGGAAAGACCUGAAAUGAAACAGAUGGACGCUCUACAGCUUGAUGGGAAAGUGUUUUAUAUUUGGGAUAAUGUCGCCAUCGCCCUGCAUGUGGACAAACAGGUGCUUAAGUUUGAUGAUGGUAAACUGAGAGAGAAUCUCAGGUUCUGCCACCAAGAUGAACCAUCAGUCGGGACUUUCGAUAGUUUCAACGAUGCGAAAGACCAGGUUAAACUUUGGUGGCCGGACUGUGACUCUCCACUGAAAAAGGAGUGUUCGCUAGAGCAGCGUUUCACAGACCUCAGACUGGUUCUUGUUGGGAGGACUGGAUCAGGGAAGAGCUCCAGUGGGAACAUCAUACUGGGAACAGACGCCUUCAGUGCUGGUGGUGCUGCUGCAGAGAAUGCUCAGUGUUGUCUGCAGAUGAAGAAGGUGUUUGACUGGGAGGUGACCGUCGUCGACACUCCUGGACUCUCAGAAGCACCUGAAGUGAAGACGGAGAUCUCCGACAUGUUGGCCCCGGAGCCCCACACCUUCCUGCUGGUCAUCAAGGUGAGGACCCACAUUGAUGAAGAACGAGACACCGUGAGGCAGAUGGAGGAGAUCUUUGGAAGGAACGUCUGGUGGCAUACCAUCGUAGUCCUCACCUACGAUGACCAGUCUGAGACAGAUGUCCAGAUGCUAAACAGAACCAAAACCAGACUGCAAAAGAUCCUGCCCCGGAGCGUGAAAGACAGAUGUUACGUCCUCAACAACAACCGCAACUCCAGCAACUCCCAGCAGGUGUUUGAUCUGCUGGAGGCUGUGGCCACGCUUGUGGCUCCGACCAGACAACAAGGCAGGUCGUCUUCUUACCGUCGCAGAUUUAGACUGCGGGGAGGCAAUAAGUCUCCAUCACCCACCACUCUGAUUCUCGGCGAUUCAAUCAUUGAGAAUGUUCGUGUCUACCAGGCAGAAAUACACAGUAUCCCUGGAGCCACAGUUUCCAUGAUACAGAAUAAACUCCAGGAUCUGCUGCCUUCCCUGAAACCAUCCAUCGAGAGAGUCAUUAUUCACGUGGGAGCAAUUGACAUUCUCCGUCAACAAUCGGAGGUGACCAAAGCUGACUUCCGCCUCCUUUUGAGAUUUUUACAACCAUGUGGGAAAACAGUUUUCAUCUCAGGUCCCAUUCCUACAAUGAAACGCGACGAGGAUCUGUUCUCCAGAACCCUCAGCCUCCACGAGUGGCUCCAGUCGGUGUGCAGGGAGCAGGGUUUGAGAUACAUCAAGAAUUUUGACCUGUUCUGGAAACGCAGGUGUUUCUUUGCUGAAAAUGGAUUCAAUCUAAACAGAAGUGGCUCAGAGAAGCUAGCUGCUAACAUAGAGCGCGCUAUACAGUCUAGUGCACGUGGCUGACUGUUUACACUGACAUCCCCCUGCGGUCCUCUUCACAGAGCUUAUGCGUUAGCUCAGGGUGGAGUCAGGGCGUAGUCAGGGAGUCACAAGGCUCUUUCUGUCUAAUCAUUCACUGCUUAAGUCCAGCCCACCCAUUAGCGGCUUUAUAACCGAGGCGGAGUUCAUUCAUUCUGCCUGCUCCAUGCUCACCACAUCACUGCCACACCAGCACCUACAGAUUGACAAAUCUCCUCCUCCUCUCCAACCACCUCCCUUUUAAAAGUUCAGUUUCAUAACCCCGGUUGUUUCCCAUAUUGCGGGACUGUAGGAUACAGAUGGUUCAUUGUUGUACCUUGGAACUAUGUAAAUUGGAUUUUAUAAAGUGAGGACCAUUACGUUGGUCUCCUUGUUCUUGUGUUCACACUGUAUCAUUUGAACAUUGUCGGGGGUUUGUGAUCUCAGGGAUUUUCUGUGUCAUGCUUGCUCAGAUUGUUCCAGAGCAUCACGAGAGCAGAGUCACUGCCAAAAUCAAAUACAUGUGAUCCCAAACAAAUGGUCAGUCUGA